CUUUUCAGUUUUUGAGUUUUGACUUUGUGAGAGAAACCAUGGAGUGGGUGAUCAUCAUGAGUGUGAUUCUUCCUUUGAGUUUGUUUGUUUUGUUAAUGAAAAAACUUAUAAAGGAGAAAGAAGAUGAUAGGAAGCUGAAAAUCAAUGGAGGUAAUAUCCCAAAGGGAAGUUCUGGUUGGCCUCUAAUUGGAGAAACACUUGAUUUCAUUGCUUCUGGUUAUUCUUCCAAGCCUGUUAGCUUCAUGGAAAAACGCAAAUCAAUGUAUGGGAAUGUGUUUAAAACACAUAUACUAGGAAGACCGAUGAUAGUUUCAACUGAUCCAGAAGUGAACAAGGUUAUUCUACAGAAUCAAGGACAUAUAUUCAUUCCUUAUUACCCAAAAUCAAUAACUGAAUUACUUGGAAAAUCUUCGAUUCUACAAAUGAAUGGACCACUUCAAAGGAAACUCCACGCCAUCAUCGGCGGUUUCCUCCGUUCUCCACAGCUUAAAGCACGAAUCACUCGCUCCAUUGAAGAUUCCCUCAAGCUUUCUCUCUCUACCUGGCUUCACAAAUCCCCUGUUUUCGUCCAACAAGAAACCAAACAGACAACAUUUGAAGUGUUGGUGAAAGUGUUAAUGAGUGUAGAAUCAAAAGAUCCAGACAUGGAAUUGUUAAAAAGAGAGUACGAAGAGUUCAUCAAAGGAUUAAUUUGUUUUCCUAUUAAAUUUCCCGGGACAAGGCUAUACAAAUCUCUCAAGGCUAAGGAGAGAUUAUUGAAGAUUGUUACGAGAAUUGUGAAGGAAAGAAAGGCGAAAAUAACAACAAUAUUAGAUCAUGAUAAAGGGUUACCAAAUGACGCUAUCGAUGUUUUGUUGGGAGACAAGGGUGAAGCCAACGAGCGUUUGCCCUUGGAUUUUAUAAGCGGGAACAUUAUCGAGAUGAUGAUCCCGGGUGAAGACUCCGUGCCCAUGGUGAUGACUCUAGCCGUCAAAUUUCUUAGCGAUUGUCCUAACGCCCUAUCUCGAAUGCAAGAGGAGAAUAUGAAUCUAAAGAGGCGUAAGUGUGAAUCAGGCGAAGAUUAUCUAUGGACGGAUUAUAUGUCUUUGUCAUUUACUCAAAACGUGAUAAAUGAAACACUUAGGAUGGCAAAUAUAAUCAAUGCAGUUUGGAGGAAGGCUCUAAAAGAUGUUGAGAUCAAAGGCUAUAUAAUACCAAGAGAUUGGUGUGUGUUGGCAUCCUUUAGUUCAGUUCAUAUGGAUGAAGAAAUAUAUGAAAACCCAUAUCAGUUUGAUCCUUUCAGAUGGGAGAAGGAAGGAGGUAACUUGAAUAGUAGCAAUAUUGCAUUUACACCAUUUGGUGGUGGGCAGAGACUAUGCCCAGGAUUAGAACUUUCAAGGCUUGAAAUUUCCAUAUUUCUUCACCAUCUUGUCACAACAUACAGAUGGGUGGCUGAUGAGGAUGUUAUAGUUAACUUUCCAACAGUGAAGAUGAAGAAGAAAUUGCCCAUCAAAGUCAUGCCAGUUUGCAUCUAACAGUGAUCUAUCUAUCUAUCCAUGUGCAUUGGAUUGAUAACAUGAUAAUGUAAUCAAUUAGUUUUCUUCUUAAUGGAGUUAGUUCACUUGUCACCAUCAACAAUCCUUUUGAUUCUAAAGUUGGAUUUCUUUUAUGGGAAUAUGGGACCCAAACUCUUCUUCUUAUA